CCAGGUUGGUUUUGGCAUGCAGGCCCCGCCCCCCUCAGGUGCGGCUCAUUAAAGAGCUGUGAAAGCGGAACAAUGGCGUCUGUCCGUUUGAACUGAAGGCGCCAAACUCAAACUGCAAAAAUGUCAACCAGCGGAGUGGAAACGGCAGCUCAGAGCCCGCUGCUCUCCUCCAGCUUCUGUUUCAGUCCGUGGUCAUGCGUUUGUGUGAAAGGCUGGUCGGCCGCUGUGUGGAACGGCCUCCCCGACCCACUUCUGCCCACCUCCAGAUGCUCCGCCCCCGAGCCGUGGCUCCUCCCCGGCUGCAGCUCCGUCUACGACAGCCUGGUCAGUAACGUCUCUCCUACACCGUCUCCUCCUGCUGCCAGCAGCCCGCGAGGACGUGAGAGAGCUGCCAACAACAAACCUCGCAGGCCGUCCAUACUGGAGCGUUGUAUCCUCAAAGUAUCCACCAGCAGUGUGGCUGUGGGGACGGACGAUCUGGACAAGAGGCCCCCUCUCGGUCGCUGCUACCCUCGUGUCCCGGACCCAGCCAACACUGAGACCAACGCUGCAGUUAUGAAGCGCCGGCAGAAACAGAUUCAGUACGGCAAAAACACCAGCGGCUACCAGAACUACCUGCAGCAAGUCCCCAAACAUAUGAGGGAUCCUAAGCUCCACCCGUCCACUCCCAAUAAGUACAGGAAGUACAGCCGGCGCUCCUGGGACAUGCAGGUGCGUCUGUGGAGGCGAGCACUGCACCUGUGGGACCCUCCGACUGACAACCAGCCGGACGCCGCUGACACACAGGACCCAGUGGAGCAACUGCAAAGCCAGCUGGCGAAGAUGACCUCUGACCUGUGUGAGGAUGGAGGAGACAAGCAGAGAGAGAAGGAGACUCUAGCAGCCUCUAAAGCCUCCUUUGUGUCUCCUCUAUCUGCCAUGAUGUCACUGGAUGGGCCUGGAACCUGGAACGUCCCACUCUCUCCGGGGGAAAUGUCAGAUGCUUUGGACAGCUCCAACUGUUUUUUUUUCUAUAAAGACCUGGAGGAAACUUGUUCAUCGCAGUUUUCGUCCUGUCAGGAGGCAGAGAUGAACCACAGGACUCUUCGCUCUCCUCCCGGCCUGAGCUACUCCUUCAGCAAUCGGCUGCCCACUAAUGACAACAUGACCGACUGGCUCCGCCUCCUGCUGGAGGCCGACAACGGCCAAGAUUUUGGCUCUGAUGACCAGCAGGUUCCUGUUUUCUCUGACCAGCUCUUGUGGAAUCCGUACUGAAAAGUCACUGGAUCUCCACUUGUCUGAAACAAACAAGGUUUAGUUGUCUUGUCAACGUUUCAACUCCUCGAUUUAUCGCCACGAUAACUCAAUGGGACGUUGGUGAUCCUGAAUGUGUUGGAGUAAAGUUUGUUUCCAGUACAUUUGUCUUUUUAAGAUGGUUGAAGAUUUACUAUAACGACAGCAGGGAUGUGAUUGAUCCUUGAUCCCGAGUUACAUCCGCCCCUCCACGAGGAGGGUUGCAACCUGAAGAGAACUGAGAGGAACCACCCUCCUCUCUCAGCUGAACACUUUGACCUGAGCAUGGUACUUUACUUUGCACUUUAUAUAUUUCUGUUGAACUGCAUCAGAUGGAGCACUCCCCACCUGCAUCAUGUUUUAGUUUUAAGAGUCCUGCACUGAUGGAAAAGCUAUUUGUUUGGUACUUUAAGUCACAUUAACUUUAUUACUCCCAUUUGGUGUCACUUUAUUGCCUUUCUGCAGGCUGUCUUUAUCCCACCGUCACCUUCAUGCUCUGUCUGGCUGAGCAGCUCAUUUCUCUACCUCCCCAUGUUUUUUCUAAAAAACUAAAACCUUGAUUAAUGGAGGGGGAAACAGCUGUCACUUUGUGUUGUGAGUUUUCUUUUACUUUUUUUUUUUUUUUUUUUUUUUUUUGUUUCCCAAUUUGUCAUUUACUGCUUAAAUAUCAAGCAAAGCUGAAAGAUGUGAUUAAUAAAGAUGUAAAUAAAGUGUUAUAAAUUCGCA